AUGCGGAUCCUCCUCGCCCUGGUCGCCGCCGCGGCGGCCCUGGCGCACCCUGCCUCGGACGAAGCGAUGGCCAAGUUCGGCAAGUGUCCAGCGCUCGACACGGCGGCCAAGGUGGCCAAGUACAGGAAGUACUUUGACGAGAACCUCCUGGGCCAUCUCCGUCAAUGCGUGCCUUCCCACGGCGCCUAUCAGCCCUACCAAGGCAUCGCCGACAUGAGCUACCUGUCACGCUCUUCCAAGAAAGAUCCCGGCUGCGUAUCGACGGUCCGAAACUACGGGUGCAGCCACGGGCUCACCUGCUACUAUCAAGAAAAGUGCGUCAAGAAAUUGAACUGCGGCGGCCAGGACGUGACGAGCUGCCACAUCGAAAAGUGCCAAGAGCACACGCGGGAGAUGCGGUGCGUCAUGAUGCAGAGGCCGCCGGCGGGCAUGGUGCACGAGAUCGACCACAUGGACAUCAUGAUGCAGGUGGGACACAUACCCGUCUUCGGAGCCGUCAGCGUGCGCCUUCACGUCGACGGCGAGGUGCACGAGAUGCCCAUGUUCAAGACGCUCAAGUCGGGCGGCACCGCUCACGCGACGGUGGAUUUCAUGAAGCUGUUUGGCAAGAAGAAGAUGCCGAUUGAAUCCAUCGAAGACUUUGAGCUCAUCUUCAACGGUCAGCAGGACCUGACCUACGCCGCGCUGGCCGUGUGCAACCGUAAAUUUCAGGCCCAAGCCAUUAAGAUUACCAUUCGCGAAGUCUCCAGCGGCCUCUUCUUCCAGGAGGACAUUGUCUAUACCGAUCCCGCGACGGGAGAGGCGAACUUCAAGGUCGAAGGAGAUUGCCGGGCGCAGAACCAGUCGAUCCUAAAUACCGCCAUGCCAUUCUGGGUCUUUGAGUCGCAGACGGGGGGGUUCCGCGAGUCGCCGCUGAUGAAGAAAUGCUCGCACGGUGCUGCGCCUGCGGGAGAGAGCGAGCCGGGCUUGCGCGCCGCCAGGCACGGCACAUGCGGGGUUGCCGCCUCGGCGCAUGCGCUGCACGUGCGCCGCCGUCCACCCCUGCCGGCGCAUCCACAACUCCGCACAGCGGCGGCGGAAACCCCGGAGCUGGAGCCGUGGCCGAGGGGCGCCGCCGCCAAGCAGUCGACCGGCUGGCGACGAACCUUCUUCGGCGAGCAUGCGGCGGGUGCAAGCGACGGCGCUCGGCAUGAGAUGGAUCAUGUACAUUUAUGA